AUGACUGAUCGCAAGGCUUGGAAUUAAAAAGUAACAGCGAACAAAAUUACAUUUCUAGGAAGAUACAGCUAUCUUAUAAUUGGUGAAACAGUAUGGAAUUAAGAAAUGGACAAUUGUGGCUGAGAAGAUGAAAGAACUCUACAGUUUAUUUGGUCGAUCAGGAAAAUAAUGUAGAGAACGCUAUCAUAAUCAUCUUGAUCCUACCAUCAACAAAGAGCCAUGGAGUGAAAAUGAAGAGAGAGUCAUCUUCGUAGCCCACAAGGAACACGGCAACAAAUGGGUAGGAAAGUUACAACAAUUUUUAGGCUGAAAUUGCGAAACUGCUACCAGGGAGAACUGAUAACGCAAUUAAAAAUCAUUUUUAUUCAACCUUAAGAAGAAGUCUGAGAAGAAUCAAUAAACUCAUAGGAGACAAGAAUAGUAAAUCAUAUAAGUCUAUAUAUAGUAAAGAAAAGGGUACACAACAGAUAAAAGACAUAAAACCUGGAGUAUUAUCAAAGAUAUUCAUUCUUGCAGAGAAGAGUCCAUCAGAAUUAAAAGAUGAUCACAUGAAAAAGUUAUGUUAAGCCUGUAAAGGACUCCAGGACUCUAUCUUAGAAUUUGCUUAAUCUAAACAAAAAUCUUAGAUCAAUUAGUUUAAUGAAGAUAAGUUCAAAUAAUUGAUUGAUAAAAUUAUGGACUUCAAGUAUAUAUUGUAUUUAAACAAUAGUGCUCUUUACACAAAAUAAAGAGAGAGUAGAUUAAAGUUAAAAAAGAAGAAUCACAAAAAAAGGAAGAGUAGAAUAGAUGACGAUGAUGACGAUGAUGAUUAUACAAGUGAUUACAAAUACGAAGAAAUAAGCCACAAAUUCCCUUUAAAGAGAUCCUCAAGAUUGAACGCUAAAAGAAAAGUAGUAUAAAUAAUAUAUAUUAUCUUAAAGCACAUAGACAAGGAAGAUUAUAUUGAUAUUUGUAUACGAACCAAAAGAGGACCCUUAUAUACCAUAUUGAGAGAUUAGUUAGAAGUACAGCAAGAGGAGAAAGAAGUAUUAAAAAGUACUAUGAAAUUAGGAAUAGUCUUCAAAUUUUCAAUAGCAAUAUGCUUAUGAAUAAUUUUAAGGGAUCAAUAGUCCCAAUAAUCAUUAAUUUACACCAGCUUUCCAUGUUUUAACUCCAAGACAGAUAUUCUUUUAGAAACAGUCUAACCAAUAUUAUGAUGACGGUAUGCAUAAUGAUGAAGCUGCGUUAAGCAAAUCUAAUUUUGUUCCCAUAGUGAUAACUAAACAAUAUAGUUAAUACAAGGACAAGACACUUGAUAACUUGGCUUAAUAAUUACAGCAAAAGAUUAGUAAUGACUUAAAUUGAUUUUAGAUGCGAAUGCAGAGAAAUACAUUAAUGAUCAUCAACAGGAUUCUGAUUUAGAAAUUAAUAUUGGUGAUGCUUUCGAAAUCCCUAAAGACUAUAAAUCACCAUCAAGUAAAUUCGGUAUUGGUGGAUAUAGCCCAAGUGCAUUUAGGAAGUACAGGAAAAAUUAGGAGUCAGGGCUAGUUAACUUCAUGAUGACACCUCAUCAUUAUAAAUGA